AUGAAUCAACAAUUAGAAGAAGUUUCACAAAAAUUAUUUGAAAUUAAUUCUCCCUUUACGCUUCUUCAAAUUCUUAAUGAUAAAGCGAUAGCUUGUGAUUUCAUUGAAUGGGUUUUAUUAAAGAUUGAUGUUCGUCUAGGAAAGAACAUAAUUUCACCAAAUAAUGAGACGGCUAUUGGAAAUUUAUCUUCCAAACAAAUUGGAAGAUUACAAAGUUUAACUCAAAUCUCAGCUUCGCUAGGAUUAUGUAAAACAACUGAAACAGAUUUAAUUGAUGCAACAGCUCCUCAUGAUCGGUUAAUAAGUUUCUACUUCAAUUUAUUAAAUGUCUUAAAAACUUCUCGAAUAUUUCUUAACGAUGAUGAUUCCUUUAAGAUACCAAAUUCAAUUAAACCAGAUGAUUUCAAAAAAUCAUGUUGUUUAAUUGAUUCCAUAUCAAAAGAUUGUGAUUUAUUUAAUAAAAUCGUCACAAAAGAAAUUGAUUUAUUUCCAAGGGAUGUAAUGUUAAUUAUUGGAAAAGAAAAGUCCGCGGAGGAUGUUGGAAAACUUGAUCUUUCUAUACUUCAAUCCAUGAAGGAAAAAAAACUUCAAGAAUUACAAGACCUUAAUGCAAAAUUCAAUUGCAUACAAGAACAAGAAGCAUGCCUAUAUUUGGAUGAAUCGGAUUUAGACGAUCAAACUCACGAUGAACUAUGUGUGAUUGCUAAUGAUUUAACGUCUCAGUUUAAAACAUUUAAUGAAAUUUAUGAUAAUGAAAUUUCUCCAUGGAUCAAAAAGGAUCACUUUAAAUAUGGCGAAAAAAUUGUUGAAGGUAAAUCCGCCUUUAUGAGUCUUCAGGACUUUAAAACUAUACAGAAAUCAUUUGAAGAAAUCGUAUCUCAUCAUCCAAACACGGUAGAGCCACAACAUUCAGUUAACAAUAAUACAUCAUCAUUUGGAAGCAAUAAAGUAGCUACUAGUUAUGAUAUAACAAAUCCGAAUAUGAUUAUAAUUAACAAUCGAGGUGAGUCUGGAUUAGAAGCAAUCACAAGAUUACAAAAAGUUGAGAAAGUGUUGAAAGAUGGUAUUGAAAGAAGAGUUAAAAUAGUAUAA